CCAGUGGCGCUGCAGUAUUGGUCGAUCGCGCGCGACGGCAUCACACGGCAGGCGAUGGUGGCCGUGCGAAGUUGGUCGAACUUCCUAUAUAUAUUAUUGAUAAAUAGCUCCCGUCGUUGCCGAGUGCGACUUUUCGUGUAGCGGCUCCGCCGAGAGGAACCGCCGACUACGGGCUGUGUGCCGUGCAUACGUGAGUGAUCGCGCGAAAGCGCGCGCGCGCGCACGCUAACUGGUGUGCGUGUAUGUGCAUGUGCAUGUGCGUGCGUGUGCCCUGAUCCGCGCGCGUGGUGUGACGACGACGACGGUUAUCUCGAGGCGUUUUGCGCCGUGCGUGCCCCGAGCGUGCUUCCUCUCUCUCGCGCGUGGAAGCGAGGAAGCGGUGGUGUAGUGACUCGCGCCGCCGAUCGACGACGACGACGACGUAUCGUGACGACAAUUACGUGAGAGGAAAGAGAGAGGGAGAGAGAGUGAGAGAGAGGAUACCGAUUGGGAGAGAAAGAGAGCGAGGAGAGAACGCGCGCGCGUCGCCUCGCAAACGGAGAUCGGCGGUGGACGAGAGCAGCCGAGCGCGAACGACGGGAUUAUCGUGUGGUGCGUUUCUGGGUGUGACGGACGUGGUCGCAGUUGGGUAUAUCGGUGCGUGGCUUCUACCGGCGAUAUCGUGCACGAGGUGGUGUCGCGUCCAAGAGUGCUGGCCCCCGUAGGGCCGGGGCCCAGGCAGCGUUCCCUCGCUAAAGCCUGCGGCGCUAUCCCACGAGAGAGCAUGCCGAGCCCGGCCACGAAGAGGACGCACUCUACGCGGAGGAAGAAGAGCAGCGGUAUGCGGAACGUGGUGCACCAGACAGUUCCCGUCUUGUUCGUGCGUACGGGAACAUUUUAAUAGUUGCCACGUCGUCGACGCCAGUCGCAGCGAGCGGAGUAAGAGAGAGAGAAAGAGAAAAAGGAAAAGAGAAAGACCGCCGCGAAUUACUGCGCGCGGGCACAAAGUCCGCCGUCUCUGGGAAGUUUGUCGCCCUAAAACGAAAUAGCGUCGUUGCAACGACUCGGCAAGCGAAUCGUCGUUAUCAUCAUCACUCCGUCGUCGUCGCCGUCGUCGUCGUUAUCGCCGCGUUAUUGUAACGAGACAUUUUCGUUCACGUCGUGCGAGAGGACACGCUUAUAAGAAAACUUCAAGUAUGCUACGCUGCUUCUUCAAACGUGGAAACCAAGGAUCCAAUAUCGUCUUGUGAUAAACGAUGAAAAUUCAUGAUGGAUAACAUAGGAGAUAUCGCGAAGACGACGUAAUUUACGUGGCCGCGAAUGAUGACAGGCCACCAAUGAUAAACUGUUUAUUAGAAUAAAGACAGCGGAAACAAAUAGAGAGAAAGAGAAUUGGGAGACAAAGAGUGGGAGACAAGAGUCGCGCCGUCAAGUCAGAAAAAGAGACGCGCAGGCAGGAAGGGUAAGGGAGGCGCAGGACAGAGCCGAUCGUAGUAAUGGAUGAAUGGGAGUGAGCGCGGCGCACGGGGAGCGCAGGAGCGGCGGACGCGCACUUUGCGGCACGUCGUGGGAGCCUCUGGAUGUGGAGGCCGCGGCACUGGCAGCGUCAGUGGCAGUGAUGGCCCCUGCUCUGACGGAAGGCGGUCCUCAAAAGCCUGAAAACUUGCUCCCUACCCUACCAGCCGCGAGUGGCUUUCUGUCCGCCGAGCAGGCGACGCAGGUGUGCCAAGACCGUGAGAUCCUUAGCAAGUUCGUAGUGUCGGCGAACGUACAACCGUCCAAGAUCGACGAGCAGUGCUUGAGCGGUAUCUCAAAGGACCUCAUACGCGAUGUCAUUAACUCCAAAUAUGCUAACGACCUCGACUCGUUGUCCGCGUUUACGAACACGUCCGACUUGAUCGGAUCGGCGAGAAACGGUGCGGCGUGUUUGCAACAGCAGGCGCCGGCGGCGGCGGCGACGGCGGAGGAGGAGGAAGAAGAGGCGGAGGAGGAGGACUUUGAGCGACCGGUCACGCUGCCGGACGCCGGUCACGCCGAAAGGAAGGCGAUCGACAUUAUAAUGAACGACCCAUCUAUGGGUGAUCAAACGAACAACAUGGGUUUCCUGAAAUCGAGCGUGGACUUGCCCCUGGUGGCUACCGAGACGGAAGACAAUAAGAAUUUGGAUGUCGAUCAGAUCAUGGCCUUCGGCACCGAUAUCACAGCCGAGCAAUGCAACAUGGCGAAUGUCGCUGAUAUCGGGCACAACGUCGAGGAGAUUUUGCAGGUCAUCAAUUCGAUCGAGGGUGCGGAGAGCACCGAGAAUAUUUCCACGGUGACCGGUGGCGAGCCCGUACAAGGCGCGGUCGACAGCGUCGAAAUGUUCGCCAUGCCCGAGGAGGGUUUCGCUUCCUUCGAACGGGAUCUACUCAACGACGUGGACGUAAUAAGUCUUUGUAACGACAACAUGAAUAUCCCGGUAGACACGGUGGAGCAGCAAAAGUUCAACAGUUUGAGAUCGCAACAAGAUAUCGUCGCGCAGAAGCAGUUCGAGAUCGAGAGGAGAUGCGCGUUUCUACUGAGAAGACUGAGAAAAAUUCAGACGAGAAUAAUGGGCAGACACGUGGCGGAGGAGAAUACCGGCGUUCUCGAGUUGGCCCAUCACGGAGUAAAGAAAUACCUUCUACAAGAAUUAGUUAAUAUCGGCUCGAAAUCUAACGUGAGAAACUUUCCCGAGAUUAGCGGCAGUUUGCAUUCGUUUCUGCAGAAAAUUGAAAAGAUGUGCGUCGCUCAGAGUAACAGUGUGAAUCGUCAAAGAGUUUGUCGAUACUUUGGUGGAGGGUCGCGUGAUAACGUGGGUGGUACGUCUGGUAAUAACGGUAAUCGUCAACCAGUGUUCGGUACCCCUCAAGUUAAACUGAACAGUGAAGAAGUGGAAAAUGUGGCCGGAUCUUUGGCCACGCAAUACCAUAUUGUGGAGACAAACUUGGAUUCGGACUGUACGGCAUCCAGCAGUGGCGGAGAGAGCUGCGAUGAAAUGCAAACAUUUAACAAUGCGCAACAACAGUGUCUCUCUAUAUCCAAAAGAGCAGCAUGGAGAUAUGCACAGGAUCGUGGUGGUGUAGCAUCACGGUGGACCUGGCUACAAGCACAGAUAUCAGAUUUAGAAUACAGAAUUAGACAGCAUAACGACAUGCAACGGCAGAUCAGGGCCGCGAAGGGCCUGGUCGUUCUCGAAAAUGCGGAGACCGUUAAUGGAUAUAGUGGCGCCCUACCAGGGUCCACUGGACGAUACAAUUCGUCCGAGAAUGAAUUACCAGCUAGUAGGACACGUCCAUUUGUAUGGAAUUUUUAUAGAAAGCGAAAGCUUUUGCAAGUGGACAGGCUACACGAAGUUUCGAAGCGUGCAGCUAAAGCGUCAACAGUGAGAUGCAAUUGUGAUCAUGUGUUGCCUGCGUGUGCUUUAUGUACAGGAAGGCUAGAUCCAAUGCAGCCACAAGAACCAAUUGAACAGCUUUCUGUACAGGAACGUGUAGCACUUGUUGAUCCCAAUUUUCAUCCGGUGUUGUCGUUCUCUGAUGAAAUUAUACAUGGAACACAUUUAGAAGCUAUUAUGAAAUCAGUGGAGUGGCAGCAGAAAAUGUUUAGAGGCAAUUUACGAGUUACCCGAAUAAAAGAUAAAGAUAGCAACGAAAGAAGAAAUAAGAAACUUCCUAAUAGAACGAAAUACACCGCGCGUUUAAAGAAAUCCUCCUCGACUAUCCUUACAGCAAGGAUCAAAAGAAAGGUGUUGAAAAAUGGAAAGAGAAAUAGAAAUCUCAGCCAUGAGAGAAGCGUGCCUGGAUUGAGCAAGAAAAAAGUAUCAAAGUUGCCGACUGAGGAUGACGACGACGUUAGCGCGCUUUCAAGUUCUAGCAAACACUCAUCCCCAGUGCCUUCUCCAUUGCAACACGUUACUGCCUCGACGGAGAAAAACGUUGUUAAAGAAAAAAGUUCCAAUUCGCAUGGGCGUUUGCGACAAAACUCGUAUGACAUUGACAAUAUAGUCAUCCCUUAUAGCGUCGCUGCUUCAACUAGACCUGAAAAAUUACAAUACAAGGAGAUAUUAACACCAAAAUGGAGACUGUGCGAGGAACCCACGAAAAUGGAUGUGAAAAACGGUGUGAUGCACAGGCCUGAUCAGGACAGUGACUUUGAAGACUUGUCGGACGAGACGAUCGCCCUAAGGCACGAGCGUAGCGAACGUGAGGAAUACAAACGUUUUAUGACGUAUCUCAAUACGCCAAAUCAACCACGUAUUCGUCAUAAUCGUCGUAUCGACAGCAGAGCAGACAGCGGUGCGAACACGCCAGAUCCUAUGUCGCCGCACGCGAGCAGUGACUUUGGUGGAGACGUGACGUCCCCAAUCACAUCUCCACCUGCCACUCCGUCUCAGGUGCAGGACACAGAGUCAUCGGGUUUAGAUUCGCACCGACCGUCUGCUUUACAAAACUCUCUGCGACGUCGCACUAUGCCCGCUUUAAAACUUGGUGGGAAAGAUGAUGCCACGGUCGCAUUUACCGAAGAUGAUAACGAGAUAUUGCCGUACGAGCCAAGAGUAUUCCCAUUAUCCGAAGAGAUUUAUGACAAGAUGUUGGAAGUGAUGCCGGACGGACACUGGCAAGCUUCGUCGGCGUCUUUAUGCUCCCGCGACGAAGACAAGGGCGAUGAUGAAGUCGAAAUGGAUUCUCCCGAAUCGGAUUCAACCGAAUCGGCUUGUUGUGAUUUAGACGGUGAGGAUCCCAAUGAUCCCGAAUGGACGGUAGCUGACGAUAGAGACACUGAAAAGGAGAGAAUACGUCCGACGGCUAAAAGAUAGGAUAUAAAACUCAUAAUAAGUACAGUAUGUCUACAUCGUUACUAUAUGCAGAAGCUACCUGUCAAUUGUUAUAUAUACCUGUCGGUCAUGUAACAAUGCACCUUAAGUUAAUUACGAACCUGUAAAGUGUAUUAUAAAUAUAAAUUUUAUAACUUCAUUCUCUCUGGUUAAAUUAAUGGAAAAACCUUAAAUAAUUAUGAUUGCUUUUUUUUAAGUAUUGCUAUUUUGGCCAAAGCAUUAGAACUCUAGACUCGUAUUACGUUUAGGAUACGCAUUAUUGAUUUUCCUGCUCUGUUACAUAAAUAAUAGAUAGUAUUAAUUCUCUGAAAGAAGUGGAAUCUCACGAAAAAUUGAAUGGUUUUGUACAAAACUGUAUUUAUGUUGCGAUCGGAGCUCUUCACUUUAAAUAAAAGUGCCAAUAAAAUGUUCUGUAGCACCGUGUACCUUCCAAUAUAUACGUGCUUUUUCUAUUUUGUGAGAGAGAGAAUACAGUCGCAGUCUGCGUGACACGCUCUACAAGAGAUGUUAAGAUUAAAAAAUGCUUAAUGUACGUUACAAUUUUAUCCAUUAUGUCAAAACUUGUAUUUAAAUCCUUGUACAUUGUUCGUCAUAUAAGACCUGGUCUACAAUAGCUGGAAUAAGCAUGGAGUAAGAAGUAAGACCAGGCGUAAAAGGGUUAAUUCAGUGUAAGAAAGCUGGCGUAAGGUCGUAAGUGAAAUAAAUUAUUUUCAUUUCGUCUUACUCCUACUCCUGCUUUUCUUAACACUCAGUCAAUCACAGCGCAGAAGGAAAUUACCUUACUCUUCUUACUCCUUGCUUACUCCAUGUAUUGUAGACCAGGCCUAACUCUUGCACCUAAUUUCUCAAACGUAAUUUAUGUAACAGUCAAAAUCAGUUUCGUUAAGUAUGAAUUUUUUUAGAAUUAGGAUAAUCCUGUUUUAAUUUUCAUGUAUGACCAAGUCGUGUCUUAAGAUAUUACUAUUACACUCUUAUACAGGUAAGGAUAAUGUUAUAAAAAUUAAAAUUAUAAAAGAAAAAUUGUAAAUUUAUGUAUUAUAGAAGAUAUUCUUGACAUAUAGUGUGUGAAAAUUUGAUGUAGAACAGAAAAAACCAUACUAAUAUUAAAAAUGUGUUAUUAGUUAAAUUAUGAUCUUCUGUAUUUUGACUGUUAUGUUCUUAUCAUUGGUAUAAUUUGUGAAGUAUAUAUUCACUUGUUAAUUUAAGCGUUCAUAAAUAAAGUCUUGUGUCACUGUGAUUUCGCAAUUUUCUAAUAGUCUGUGAUACUACAUGUAUUUUCUUUCGUAUUAAAAGUUUUAUAACCAG